CACCCGCUUAAACCCUAAACCUUAGUCACCCGCGCUGCUACUUGCCAUCAUCAUUUUUCCUCAACUCCUCUCAUCUCCUACUUUUGGUUGAUCAGUGGACCAUGAGACCUCCAAGAGGGAGAGGCGGUGGUUUCAGGGGCCGAGACGGGGGUAGGGGUGGUCGCUUCGGUGGUGGCCGCUUCGGUGGUGGCCGCGGUGGAUUUCGCGAUGAAGGCCCCCCUUCCGAAGUCGUAGAGGUUUCCACAUUCCUACAUGCUUGUGAGGGUGAUGCAGUGACAAGGCUCACAAAUGCGAAGAUACCCUACUUUAAUGCUCCAAUUUAUCUGCAGAACAAGACCCAGAUAGGGAAAGUUGAUGAAAUCUUCGGCCCCAUCAAUGAGUCUUAUUUCUCUAUUAAAAUGAUGGAAGGGAUCGUGGCCACUUCAUAUUCAUCCGGUGAUAAGUUCUUCAUUGAUCCUGCCAAGCUUUUGCCCUUGGAGAGAUUUCUUCCCCAACCCAAGGGACAUCCACAAGCUGCUUUUAGGGGUGGUCGCGGUGGAGGCAGAGGUGGUGGUAGGGGUGGUGGCCGUGGAGGUGGUGGCUUUCGAGGAAGGGGUGGACCUAGGGGUGGCAGAGGUCCUCCUAGAGGUGGUCGUGGUGGUGGCUUCAGAGGCAGAGGGAGAUCAUAGAACAGCUUUUGUGUAAUAGUUUGUAGUGCUCUUCUUCUUGUAAUCGAGUUGUCAUUCCAAGAUGCAUUGGGUACACAAGAAUUUCAAUUUGAAUGCUGACGUUAAAUUGACUUGUGUUUGUUAAUCGAAUUAUUGUUUGUGACCA